GAGAAUAUUGGUCACGUAAUGGCGGACAAUGAUACGAAUUCAUAAGUUAAGCCUAACGUACAAAUUUGCAAUUAGUUCCGAGGUUUACAGUAUAUCAAAAGAUAUGCAUGUAUUUCAGACAAUGUUACAGCGCUUUGUCUCAGAAAGAGUGUGAUGGCUAAGUAGCCUUCUGACUAUUAUCAAAAGCAGCAAGAUGGUUUUCUGACUGAUCAAGGUUUAAGCAGCUACCUCCAGCCCUUUGUGAAAUCAAUGUGUCUCACUCUAGUAAGCUCUGUAAGUGGUAAUCUUCCACCAACCACCUGAGGACCAGGAUGAGUGGGGAAGGACCAAGUGUACCAAUAACAACAUUAGCUGGGAUUCAGAGCUUAACGGAUCUUCUUCUUGAACUGCCACUCCCAGUUGCUUUACCUGGAGCUCAUGGCAACCAGAGCCUUCUGCCUCAUCCCAGGGAUGGUGAAGAAUUUCAGAGAUUGUUGAGUACCCAUGAAGCAGUUCUUUUACCCCAGUUGUUUGAUGCUUUGAGUCAUGCGUCAACCGAUCAUGUUGAAGUGAAGGAUGGAUACCUAGGUAGUACACCCCAGAGUGGUCAAGCAUCACAGUUGCUUCAGUUUGUGCUCUCCAGAAAUCCUACAAUAUUCACAGGUUUUCUUACUCAAGACGUUACUGCCCAAGGAAGACCUGGAAGUUCUCACUGGGGGCAGCCAUCUUUUAUUGCAGGUUCUCUGUACCCCCAACAGUCAACAUAUAGUUCAACAACUGUAGUAUCUCAGACAUCACACUCAAGCUCACCUCAGUUUCCAACCCAGGAAAGCCCAGGAUACUUUGCUGCAGAUCCAAGUCAUGGACUUCACCAUGUACAAAAUAGCCCAUUAUCAGUGUCACAUCAGAAAUCCCCUCAUAGUGUGUAUUCCCCAUACGGUCCACCUCUUACCCCACAAUCAUCAGCUCAUUCAAAUACAGUGUCUCCAGUCCAUGAACAGACUAAUCAUUUAGCUGCUCUGCCAGAACAGAACCAGCAGACAUGCUAUCCGUCAUCAUUCACUAGAAAUACUUCUCAUGUGGCUAGUGCAUCAUCAUAUAAGAAUGGAAACUGCCAAGAUGCUGUCAAUUUGAUUUCUCCUGUAAAAGGAGACAAAAGGACAGGUAAUCAUGUCAGUGAACCUCAUCAACAGUUGUCACAAAGUAAUUUCAUUCCUACACCGUCAGAGAAUUCACAUGAUAAAAACACACAUUCUUCAUUACUUCGUACUAACUCACAGCCCCAUGUAUCCCAAACAUCUUCAUCAGCAGUAUCCACAAAACCUAAACAUCAGCAAGACCAAAUGUCUCAGGGUAACCAAGACUAUUCGACAAAAAAUUGUACACCAGACCCUCACCUGACAUCUGCCUUAGAAAGGCAUGUGGACAGUGAUCGCAAUAAUCAGCUGUUAAAUGAAGAUGAAAAAACUAAAAAUGAAAAAGACAAACAAAGUUGUAUAAAAUUACAAAAUUCCAGCCAACACAAUGUAGAUAUUACAAGUAGAGUUGAUAAGCAAACCACUCCAGCCAGAAUUAUCCACACUAGUCAACCUCAGACUAGAAAAACUGCCUUUAAUAACAAACGAUUAAGGGCAGAAAAUUUGGUGGGUUGUGAAAAUAAAGAACAAGAAUCUGAGGCAUCAGGAAAAGGUUAUUCAAUUUCAACUGCUCAUAACCUCAGUGAAACUAAGAAACAAGAAGUUGUGGGUCAACAAAAACUUCUUUCAGAACCGGUUGUUGUUAUUAGUAAAUUAAAUACUAUAGAGACCAAAGAGCAAGAAUCUGUGGCACAGCAAAACUCCUCUCCAGGACCAAUUGUUGUUCUUAGUAAAUUAAGCCCUGCAGAACAAGCUCUUGCCCAGAAAAGUGUGAGGGCAUUCACUCGUAAAGUGACUCUGAAAAGUGAAGAGGAAUCUGUACCAUCUAGAAAAUUUUUUAAACAUCCAAAAAGAUGGGAAUCUGAGGAUUCAGAUUCUCAACUUGUGUCACCAAAGAGAAAACAAAGACAGAAUUAUAAUCAAGGUGAGAUAAAAUCUUCAGAUAGAUACAAAGGUCAAAAAAGAACAUACGACAGUGAUGAAGAUUGGAAUGAUAAGUCUGACCAAGAUUAUCGGUACUCAACAUCCCUUUCUGAAAGGGUUAAAAAGAGACGACGUACUAGUCAACAGACAACUUAUUCUGUUGAUGAAAGAGAACCAGAAUCCCCACCAGGACUACCACCACUCACUUUAAAGGAAAAGAAAACUAAAGUAAAAAAGUUGAAGAAAGAGCCAUUACCAGAACAACUUUCUGUGGAGGAGCUUAUGGAAACAGACACCUAUCAAAGGUUUUCUAGAACGGUGGAUACAAUUUUUGACUCGAUGGAAGAUUUGGAUCUCACAGCAGAGAUUGAUGAAGAUGCUGAAUGUCCUGCUGAAGCUCUAAUUCCAAAGUCCCAAUUAACAGACCUUUGCAAUGAAGCUGCAAAAUUAAAGAUGCUUCAUGCUAUGAAUCAUUUUCCUCCAGAAAGGUUGAUCCGACUUCUUAAUAUUUUAGAGAGGAAUAUACUGGAUGGAGCAAAGCUACUUCCUUUUCAAAGUAUGGAUGAACAAGAUGAAGAGGAAGCAAGAUUAUGGCUUGAGCUAACCAUGGAAAGAAUUAUGAGGAGUGUUGACUCAUCCCUUACAACACUGUAUAUCAUGACAUCUCCAAAUGUACCAGAAAAAGUGUUCCUGGAAGAUGUAAUUGAAAGAAUUGUUCUUUUUACAAAAUUUCAGAUUCAGAAUACUGUGUACCCGGUUUUUGAUCCAGCUUAUAGGGCAGAUCCCAAAUCAAAAGAUGGAUAUGUUGGAAACAUAAAACAGAAAAGAGCCCAUGCUCAUAAGGUUAAAGAAAAAUCUGUCAUCCAGCUCUAUAAUAAAAUUCAUGAGUUGGUUGGAUUAUUGGCAGAAUUAAUGGAAAUUCAAAUUUUUACUGAUACCAUUAUCUUACAUGUUUCUACUCUCGGAGUUAGUCCAUUCUUUGUAGAGAGAGUGAGUGAGCUCCAGUUGAAUGCUCUUCGUCUAGUGACAUCAGUGUUUUCAAAGUAUGAAAAACACAGACAGCUGAUUCUGGAAGACAUACUGGCAUCCAUUGCAAGGCUGCCAACCAGUAAACGUAGCCUCAGGAACUAUAGACUGAAUUCUGAAGAGUGUAUACAAAUGCUGACUGCUCUGGUCCUGCAACUUAUCCACAGUGUCUCCCAUUUACCUGAAGUAGAAAAAAAACAAGAACCAUACAUGUUUCAGGAUGAGAUUGAUAAUCCCAAAAAGAAUGAUCAGUCCAAAGAUACUAUCUCAGUGGAGAAAGAUGUUCUUAUUGUAACAUCAUAUGAAGCAGCUGUAAGAACAGCAGUGAACUUUUUGUCUGUUUUUUUAAAAAAAUGUGUGACCAAGAAUGAAGAAAUGGAUUAUAGACCUUUGUUCGAGAACUUUGUACAAGAUCUACUAAGUACAGUAAAUAAACCUGAAUGGCCAGCUUCAGAACUGCUAUUGAGUUUGCUAGGCAGAUUGUUAGUGCAGACAUUUAGCAAUAAAUCUUUGGAUAUGUCUCAGCGUGUAGCUUCUUUAGACUACCUUGGUGUGGUUGCAGCUCGACUUCGUAAAGAUGCUGUUACGAGUCAGCUAAAGAAAGAGACCCUUGAAGAGAUUAUUAAGCAGAUAGAGAUGAACAGUGCUUCGGAAUAUAUUGACUCAGGGUGUCAUGGGAAAAGUAAAAAGAAGACCAAAUCUAAGAUCAUAAAGAAAGAUGAAAUCCAAGUUCUGCAAAAAGCUUUAUUGGAUUAUCUUGAUGAGAAUGUGGAGAGCGACCCAGCUUUACAGUUUGCAAGGCGUUUUUACAUUGCUCAGUGGUACCGAGAUGCAACAGCUGAAGUGAAACCUGUAAGAAGCCCCACUAAGGACAAAGGAGAAUUAGAACAGCAACAACAGGAAGAAAGCCCUAGUAAGAUGAACCGUGGUACGUCAAAGACUUCAAGACAUCGUAACAAGAAAGUCUCAAAUUACACCUAUGAUGAGGAUGAUGAUGAAGAAGAACUUCCUCCAGACAAAGAUGAACCAAAACCUGAUCCAGACAAAGAAGACAUUCAACUAAAAAGAUUGGCACUUGCAGAAGAUCGUAAAAAAUUUCUUUUAUCAUUAAUACAGGCAAAUAAUCAUGGAAAUUCAAAUAUAAAUGAUGAACAUUUGAUUGACUACGACACUGCUGAAUUGAUAUCACGGUUUCUGGCAUCUAAAAGACCCUUUUCCCAGAGUUUUGAUAUUUAUCUAUCACAGAUAUUAAGAGUACUGAAUGAAACGGCUGUGGCUGUCCGUACCAAAGCAAUGAAGUGCUUGUCUUUGGUGGUAGAAGCUGAUCCUGGCAUAUUGGCUCGUUCAGACAUGCAACGAGGAGUGCAUGGUCGUCUUCUUGACCAGUCUACCAGUGUGAGAGAAGCUGCUGUUGACUUGGUGGGUAGAUUUAUCUUAAUCCGUCCAGAAUUGACUCACAAAUAUUAUGAUAUGUUGACUGACCGUAUCUUAGACACGGGGGUUAGUGUUCGAAAAAGAGUUAUAAAAAUUUUAAAAGAUGUUUGUUUAGAACAGCCUGAUUUUCCCAAAAUACCAGAAAUCUGUGUGAAGAUGAUAAGAAGAGUAAAUGAUGAGGAAGGAAUAAAAAAACUUGUUGGAGAAGUGUUUCAGAAUAUGUGGUUUACUCCUGUCUCAGAAAGACAAGCUCAUAGAAUAGUUCAGAAGGUAAAGAAUAUUACUCAUGUAGUUGCUGCCUGUAAGGAGAUUGGAUUGGAAUGGUUUGAACAGCUGUUGACCAACUUAUUAAAAAAUAAGGAGGAUAGUGGAUACAAAGCUGUCCUGAAAUCUUGCAAACAAAUAGUGGAUAGUGUUGUGGACAAUGUUCUGGAAUUAGAAGGAACACUGAAAGGAGAAGAAUCAACAGGAGCAAGCCAACAUCUGGUAGCAUGCUUCAACACGUUGUUCCUCUUCAGUAAGAUACAACCACAGUUAGUUGUACCUCAUGCUACCACUAUUCAGCCAUACCUCAGUAUGAGAUGCAACACACAAGCUGAUUACCUUGUGUUGCAGAAUGUAGCGAGGACUCUAGAGUUAGUGGUUCCUCUUAUUGAACACCCUAGUGAGUCUUUCUUGGCUCAGGUGGAAGAAGACAUGGUAAAGCUCAUCCUUCGUCAUGGAAUGUUGAUUCUGCCUAGUUGUGUCAGUUGUCUGGGUUCUGUUGUCAACCGGGUAACUAAAAAUUAUCAACUGGUGCUAGAUUGUUUUCAAAAAUUUUUCAUUGUACUCUUGGGUUUUAAAAAAGAACACGAAAAGAACCCAGAAAACCCAGUGCUAGUUCAACAAAGACCCAAGUUACUGAGAUCACUUUUUACUGUGGGUCUGUUCUGUCGACAUUUUGUCUUUGAAUCGUUGGAAGGAACUUCAGUAGAUUCUGGAGGAGAAUCAAUCAAACUUCGUGUGUUUAAUGUUAUGAUGUAUUUUGCACAACAUGGUGAUGAAGAUAUUCGUCACAAGGCUCUUAGUGGCCUGGGUUUUAUGAUGAUUCGUCAUUAUGAUCUGAUGUUAGGAGUAGAUGUUAAAAACCUCUACCAUUAUUUGCUUACCAGCCCGGGUGCUCCUGUUAAUAUGAAAUGCCAGGUGUUAAAGAAUCUGACCAAUUAUCUAUUGGAAGAAGAAGCACAGAUGAUUCAGAAGGAUGCAGAAUGGAGCAAAGUUGCAAAGUCAGAAGACCUUAAAGAAAUGGGGGACAUAACAUCUGGCAUGGCAAGCACUGUCAUACAGAUAUAUUUGAAGCAAGUUCUGGAAUCGAUUCUUCAUUUCCAACCUUCUGUACGUAAAGCUGCUCUACACGUGGUGCAACUGAUUCUGGGCCAAGGAUUAGUUCAUCCAGUCCAAGUAGUGCCCUAUUUGAUAUGUAUGGGUGCAGAUAAUGAACAAGUGAUCAGAACAAAAGCAGACCAACUUCUUCAAGAAAUAGAAAAGAAAUAUCCUGGCUUUGUUCAAAUGAAAGCCUUGGCUGGAGUGAGGCUUUCGUAUAAAAUGCUUCUUCUACUUAUGGAAGAUUCUAAAGAACUGAUUCGUGGGUUUCGUAUGGGUGAGACUCCAGUUAGUCGGAAUGGCUUUUUAUACUCGGUGAUUCGUAGUACUCGUCAAAAUCGUCGUGCAUUUGUAAUGUCUUUAUUGAAGCUUUUUGAUGAACAGGCUAAAACACCUCUAUCUGAACUGUUGUAUGUAGCAGAUAAUAUUGUGUAUUUUCCAUAUCAGACACAAGAUGAACCAUUAUUUGUAAUCCACCACAUUGAUGUGAUGCUUUCUGUCUCGGGUUCUAAUUUGUUGCAGACAUUCCGAGAGCAUCUUCUGCCUGGAAAGAAUCCACCCGUGAUUUCUGAAGAUGGAGAAACUUGUUUUGAUGAUGAUGAGGAGGAUGAUGACUUUGAAUCACUGUAUAAACGUCUUCCAGAAGAUACUACAGUUUUACAAGAGUGUAUGACAGCAUCUCAAGGAUGUCUGUUACUUCUCUUAAUCAAACAAACCCUCAAAGACAUGUAUGGUUUUACUGACAAUAAGAUUCAACAGUAUUCACCUAAUGAGUCGGCAAAAGUGUAUGAGAAAUCUAUGAACCGAAAGACAGCUGUGAGAUUCAAACCUGUUUCUGUCAUUGAUUUUAUUAAAUCUGGUAAGCAAGAAGGAGAACUAAAUGAUAAAGGCAGAAAAAAAUUAGUAGAACAAUAUUUAGACUUUAAAAAACUCAUGCUUACUAUCGACCCCAGUGAUGAAGAUGAUGAUAAUGAAAUAUCAAUAGGGCCUCGACCAUUAGUGGCACAAACCACUACUGCUUCUGGCAGUGCUGAAACUAAAAGUUUGGUUGUGACAGAAGAAGGACCAGUAGUUUCUUCAAGUGAACAAACAAGAAUUGGUUCUUUGACACCAAAAAGUAGACCAUCUUUAACUAAUAACCGUUCACGGCAUAAGCCAAAGACAAUUGUGAAAAAGGAAAAAAAGAAAAAACACAAAAGAAAACGAAAGAGAAUUAUUGAAUCAGAUAAUGAUUCUGGAAGUGACCCUGACUAUUGUGAGUGAUUUUAACUAAUAGUGUCUAAAACUGCUGGUGUUGAGAACUCUUAUCAAUAUUGAGAAUAGACUGCAAACAUAAGAAAAACAUUGACUGUAAGUAUGAAUAAGGGUGAGGGUUGUGCGACUCAGAACAUUUUUAAUUAUGAAAAUAGACUGGUGAGAUCUGGGUUAUCCCUGCCAUUGUAUAAACAGUAGUUUUGUUAUAAAACUACAUUAAGUAUAUGUUUGAUUUUUUUCUAAUCUUACCUUAUUAGAAGUGUAACAAAGGAUGUGGGAAGGAUUACCACUGAAGUAACUUAUUUAUUGAUGACCUCAUAUGUAAUAGAGUAUUUGGGGUCAAUAUCUAUAAGUGGUGUGUAAUGCCUUUCUUAGUGAACACUUGUGUUGUGGGUUUCAUGUCAAAUAUGCAGUCCAUCAAAUGCCUUCAUCAUUCGUGUGUGUUGUAUACAUAGUGCACAUUUUGAUGGAAUGUACAAAAUUGAUUUGCACAAAACUUGUUAUUGGAACUCUUCAUUUGUCAUUAUCAUUGUUGAUUCAUAAUGCCCACUCUGAAAGAAAGGUGUUAGCAUCUCGUAAUGACUAUAAUUGUGUGUAUGUAAGAAACCAAAUGACUGGGCAGCAUACCGUUUUUUCAUACAUCGAACCUGUUCAUUAGCGCUGUGUCACCAUGUAAUCAAAGAUUUUAUUUUGAAAAUUUUCUGGUUUUGAAUAUAGUAUUUUUUCCAGAAUUUUGUCACCAAUUAUCUGUUGCAUAUGAAUGUGAUUAUAAAAGGUUUGGCAUCCAGUAACCAUAUUCUUUAAAAAUCGAUGAUCUUGAAGGGUGAGAAAACGUGGAACCUGAAGAUUCUGAAAACUGUUCACAAUACUGUUCUUAAUACUAAGGUGCAAAAAAAACAAAAAAAAACAUUUUUAUAUUGUAACACUCAGCUCUUUGGAUGCAUUUGAAACUGAAAUUAUCCCCAAAUAUUAAUAAACUGUACAGAGACACAGAAGUGGGGCAGGGUCCUUAUUCCAUUUUAUUUACCAUAGCUUUCAUUUUUGUUACUGUAUUGUUUCAACAUUUGUGUACAUGUAUUUUCAUGUUUUUGACAUGAAGGUCAAUAUAUUUGGUAUUUCAACACAAGUAA